AUGGCUUUACCUUUGAUUUCAAGAAAGAAACAAUAUGCUGCUGUCGUGUACUUGACUCUCUUAUUUCAAGCAUGUAAUGGGUUUUAUCUUCCCGGAAGCUACAUGCAUACAUACUCAACAGGGGACAAAAUCUAUGCCAAAGUGAAUUCUUUGACCUCAAUUGAAACUGAGCUUCCCUUCAGCUAUUACAGUCUUCCUUAUUGCAAACCUCAUGGGGGAGUAAAGAAAAGUGCUGAGAAUCUUGGAGAACUGCUCAUGGGAGAUCAGAUUGACAACUCUCCAUACCGUUUCCACAUGAAUUUGAACGAGUCUGUUUACCUCUGUACUACUCUUCCUCUGAGUGAGCAUGAGGUAACACUUUUGAAGCAGAGAACACGUGAUCUGUAUCAAGUGAAUAUGAUCCUUGAUAAUAUGCCUGCCAUUAGGUAUACUGACCAAAAUGGGGUAAAAAUUCAGUGGACUGGGUUUCCAAUCGGCUACUCUCCAGCCAACAGUAAUGAUUAUUAUAUCAUCAACCACCUCAAGUUUAGGGUCCUGAUUCAUGAGUAUGAAGGAGCUGCUGUGGAAGUAAUUGGUACUGGGGAAGGAGGUAUGGGAUUCAUUUCUCAAGCGGAUAAAAAUAAGACUUCAGGGUAUGAGAUUGUUGGUUUUGAGGUUGUCCCUUGUAGUGUAAAAUAUGAUCCUGAGAAGAUGGCAAAACUCAACAUUUAUGACAAUUUUACAACAGUAAGCUGUCCACAGGAACUUGACAAGUCUCAAGUUAUAAGGGAGAGAGAGAGAGUUUCAUUUACAUAUGAGGUUGAGUUUGUAAAAAGCAACAUCAGAUGGCCAUCUCGAUGGGAUGCUUAUCUCAAGAUGGAUGGAGCCCGUGUUCACUGGUUCUCAAUUCUCAACUCGUUGGUAGUAAUUUUAUUCUUGGCAAGCAUCGUUUUUGUUAUCUUUUUGAGAACUGUGAGAAGGGAUCUGACAAGGUAUGAUGAAUUGGACAAAGAAUCUCAGGCUCAGAUGAAUGAGGAGCUCUCCGGAUGGAAACUUAUUGUUGGUGAUGUGUUCAGAGAACCAAGUCAUUCGAAGCUACUUUGUGUGAUGGUUGCAGAUGGAGUUCAGAUCACUGGGAUGGCAAUCGUGUCGAUUGUUUUUGCAGCUCUUGGUUUCAUGUCACCAGCUUCACGGGGUAUGUUGCUGACAGGGAUGAUAAUUCUUUACCUUUUCCUGGGAAUUGCAGCUGGCUAUGUUGGUGUACGUAUGUGGAGAACUAUCAAAGGUCAUUCUGAUGGGUGGAGUUCAGUUUCUUGGUCAAUAGCAUGCUUCUUUCCAGGAAUUGUAUUUGUUAUUCUCACAGCAUUGAAUUUCGUCCUUUGGGGAAGCAGGAGUACUGGAGCUAUUCCCAUUUCUUUGUAUUUCAUACUUUUUUCUCUCUGGUUCUGCAUUUCAGUGCCACUAACUCUCUUAGGAGGAUUCUUGGCCACCCAAGCUGAGCCUAUUCAGUAUCCUGUUCGAACUAAUCAAAUCCCUAGAGAGAUUCCUGCACGCAAAUAUCCAUCAUGGCUUCUUAUUCUUGGUGCUGGAACUCUUCCAUUUGGAACCCUCUUUAUCGAACUUUUCUUCAUCCUUUCUAGCAUCUGGCUUGGAAGAUUCUAUUACGUCUUUGGCUUCCUUCUUAUUGUACUUAUUUUGUUGAUUACUGUUUGUGCUGAAGUUUCUGUUGUCCUCACAUACAUGCAUCUCUGUGUCGAGGAUUGGAUGUGGUGGUGGAAAGCAUUCUACGCAUCAGGUUCUGUUUCCCUUUACGUGUUCUUGUACUCCAUUAAUUAUCUGGUUUUCGAGCUCCAGAGUUUGAGUGGGCCAGUGUCGGCAAUACUAUAUCUCGGCUACUCCCUGAUAAUAGCAGUUGCAAUCAUGCUUUCUACUGGCACAAUAGGUUUCCUUGUAUCAUUCUACUUUGUCCAUUACCUAUUCUCAUCAGUGAAGAUCGACUGA